AUUUUGCUAUGCAUUAGUCGUAAACGAGAAUGUAAUUUUCAGUUGGGUACGGGUCGUUUCAGUUCAAUAAAAUUGGCACAGCAUAAGGAAUCACAAUGUAAAAUUGCGAUUAAAUUCUUCCCAAGACCACAAACUAAACAGGUUGAUUUCAUUCGUGAAUACAACUAUUCAUUCUUUUUAUCACCGCAUCCCAACAUAAUCGACUCAUACGAAGGGAUGUUCCAAACUGAUGAUGAUACAGCCUUCUUUUUUGUUCAAGAAAUUUGUCCAUAUGCUUCACUUCGAGAAGCUGUUGAGUCCUCUGCAAAUGGAAUUGGUGAGAGUGCAACAAGGUCGGUGAUGAGUCAACUUCUGGCCGCAAUUGAAUUUAUGCAUAGUGAGAAUUUGGUACAUCGAAAUUUAAAAGCUGAGAACGUACUGAUUUUUGAUUCAAAAGAUUUUUCCAAGGUGAAAUUAACAGACUUUGGAUUAACGAGAAAAGUGGAUUCAACAGUGAGAUAUUUGGAAUACGUGAAUAAUUAUCAUGCACCUGAGUUAUGCGAAACGGUUGUUAAUGAAGUUUUAAUUGUUAGUCGAUCAAUCGAUAUUUGGGCACUUGGAAUAAUAUUUUACUACUGUCUGAAAGGACGUUUUCCGUGGCAAAAAGCAACAAUCAUGUGUAAGCCGUACUGGGAAUGGGAACAAUGGUUGAAGCGUAAGAAUCCUUUAUUACCGAAACGUUUCGAGCCAUUCAGCGAGAAGUCCUUAAAAAUACUCAAGAAGACCCUCACGCCAAGAUGUAAAGAUAGGUGGUCAGCAAAAGAUAUUCGAAAAUGUGUUUUAAAAGAGAAGUUACUGAAAUCUCAAAAGGUACCAGAAGAUUGA